AUGGGGCUUAUGGUGUCCGUUGUUCUCACGUACGCUGGCGUGCAUGAGGCGGUUGAGUGCAUGAAACAUAUACUUAGCGGCAUCGUUCCCAAUACGGAACCCAACUUUCAAGACCUCAUCGAGUACUACACAACCCUGCUCAAAAAAUCCCACAACGCAAACUCGUCAACGGCAGUAGACUGGAUCAAGGAAAGCGGUCAAGGAUACCUAUUUUUGACCGAAGAUAAAAAUGGAAAACUAAAAUCUGUCGCCGUCAACUAUUACGGAAACCAAACCAACUCUACGGCGUUACUUUUCUCUACUAAAAUCUCCAGUUUCGGCCAGGAGUCACUCGACGACAGUGAAGUUCAAACCAACGGUGACUACAGGAGCGAAAGGUACAUACAGACGAAAACCAUACUAACGAACACAUCAGAUUCGAUCAAAGUCGGCCAUGGAUACCGAUCAUCGUCUCGUGAAAAUAUUUCAGAUUUGAAUACUUUAACUUCAAAUUCUGUUGAGCCUGAAAACGACGGCGAGCAAAACGGGUCUACAGAGAAAUUGAAAUGGCAUUACCGACCUAUGAAUUCACCCACAAACCAGCAAACACUGCCCCCCGAAAUACAAUUCCAAUCAUUCGAUGACGAUAAAAGAGGUGUUUACAGCGAAGACUUCCUCAGAUCUCUUGAUGGAAUUAAGUUCCGACCGUUACAACGAAGCGACCCGAGUGGCAGGCGUCGAAGUUUCAAAAAGCGUCACUCCUCGUCGUCCAAUUCUUCCAGAGAGUCGAGAGCGUCUCGCGAGGAGGAACUUAAGAUGUUCACGUCACUCGAGGAAGCUGAGUUCGAGCGUAUGAACAAUAAUGUAAAGGUCGAAGGAUUUGGAAGCACUCCUAAUCUAUCAGCGCGUUCUUAUUCCAGAAGUCGGUCGAGGGAAAACUCGAAGGAGGGUCGACGAGAACAUUGGAGCGUGGAAGCGUCAGGUGACAGUACGGAAUCCGCCGACGAUUCUACGAAAAAGCAACUCCUGUCAGAAGUUCCGCAACUCGACUCCUUCGAAGAAGAUACGAAAGAGGUAAUUGAAGAGGAGGAUGAAGUAGAUUUCUGGGCUAACUCUGGGGAUUAG